AUGUACAUCCGCGAAACAGUAGAGUCGGACCUGCAGCAUGUCCUCGCCAAAAAGCAGAACUCGCUGCGCGCGACACUUCGCAAGAUGUCUCCGUUCCUUAGCAACGAGGCACUGGAUAAGAUGCUGCAUAAUGCUAGCAAUGCCACACGAGAGGGCAUGGAGCAAGCAGCACCAGCCAUCGCUGCGUCAAAGGCAAGGUUCAACUUUUUUCACUCUCUGCAGAGCUCACAAACAGAAUCUACGAAGACAUCUUAG